GAUUGCGGUAGUCCAAAAACAGCAGUGACGAACACGAUGACGAUGCCGAGUUAGUCAUCGUGGCCGUUUACUCUCGGCUCCUUUUCUUCCACCCGCGCCGGGUGACAGCGCCAAAACCGAAAAGGAGAUAGCGUUGCGACACUUACGCGCCGCGCGCGGCGAUGCGUUGCAACAUUUCACGCGGCCUGUCAAGGUGAACGCCUGCGAAAGGCCUGCGACCGUGGCGAGAUCUCUACCUCUCGUCCAAUGUAUCAUCUCGAUCGCUGAGGCACCCUUCGCGCGUGUUCCUCGCUUCCUGGUGUGCUGGACGUUACUGGCCAUCGAGCAUGGAAGACUACAAGUUUCUCUUCAAGGUCGUGCUCGUGGGGAACGCCGGCGUAGGCAAGACCUGCCUGGUGCGACGAUUCACUCAGGGUUUAUUUCCACCUGGACAAGGUGCAACAAUUGGAGUUGAUUUUAUGAUUAAGACUGUUGAAGUAGAAAAUGAAAAAGUCAAGUUGCAAAUUUGGGAUACUGCGGGUCAGGAAAGAUUUCGUUCUAUCACUCAAAGUUAUUAUAGAUCAGCUCAUGCAUUGAUAUUAGUUUAUGAUAUUUCUUGUCAACCCACAUUUGACUGUUUACCAGAUUGGUUAAGGGAAAUCGAAGAGUAUGCAAGUAAUAAAGUUCUUAGGAUAUUAGUAGGAAAUAAAAUUGAUCGGGAAGAUAGAGAAAUACCAACACAUGUAGGAGAAGAUUUUGCACAAAGACACGGAAUGUACUUUUUAGAAACAUCUGCGAAAGAAGCAGAAAAUGUAGAGAGAUUAUUUAUGGAAAUAGCAGCUGAACUUAUGGAGCAAGCACGCAGUAAGGAAUUACCUCGAUAUGAAACGAACACAACUUCAAUAAAUGGUAAAACGACAUCGAUCGGUGAUACUAGCAAUUGUGGUUGCAGCCGGCUCUCUUAAGUAAUUUUUGUAUGUAACAUUAAGUAUUUCAGUAAGGUAUUUUUAGUUUUAUAUAUAUAUAUAAAAAUGAUAUUAUAUCUUUUUUUAUCAAUACACGGUGAUUGAAUAAUGAGCGUAUAAAUAUUCGGUAACUUAAGAGAUAUCUAGUACAUGCGUACAUCUUUAAUACAGUGUUAUUGUUUAGCAUUUAAUAAUAUUAUAUACUGUGUUGUUUUAUGCUACGUUGUAAGACAUAUUUAAUAUUUAAAACAGAGAUAUAAGAGAGAGAGAGAGAGAGAGAGAGUUUAAACAUAUUAAGCACUAGCUUUUGUAUAGAACACUUAAUUUUUAUAGAUAUACAAUUACAGCGCAAUUUAUAUAUACUCUAUUAUUACCAAAUCUAAAUAUUAAUACCAAAUUUGAUUUAAUCGAGGUAAUCCAUGCUGUUUAACAUUAAGUUGUUUAAGUAUCUGUUUCCGUAUGUGAUGAGAAUGCAUUUCACAUAAUUGUACAAUAUCUUUUGUUACUUCAAAAGUACAAAUAGUCAUUAUCACUAUAGAUUUUGGUAACCUGUCCAAAAUCUUAUUAGUAACAAUAAGAUUUUUACAACAUAUUACACAAGCCUACAAUGUAUAAAGUUAUUUUUAAAGUGCAAUAUUUACAUGUGUUUAUCGUGCUAUUUUGAAAAAAAAAAAACAGCUCACUAUAUUGCUGAUAACAGCAUGUUAAAACUAAAGCAUAGAUGACUUAACACUCUAAUAUACAGUAAUUGGUGAGAAUCUUUCCUUAUUUUAAUAGGAAUCAUCAUUUGCAAAAGCUUGCAAAUUCGCGGAUGAUCUGAACAUAUAGACAUGUAUUAUUUGUUGUAUAAUAAUGUAGGAGAAGCGAUAUAUUGCAAGAUAUGUAUAACAUUAUUAUACAUCUAUUAUAGCAUUUAUGUGAUCUAAUUUUUUGUUAUAUAUUUACUUUAUAUAUUUGUAAUUAUGGUUUAUAGGUAAUGGUUGAUUUUAUUAAGUAUUCUAUUUAUAUCUAUUGUGUGUAAUGUUGGGAUUGUGAAAAUUGUUUUUUAUUUAUGUUUCUAUAAAUUAAGAUCUCUUCGUUAAACUGCUAGUAUUGUACUAGUAUUUUGGCACAUUACUCUAGUCUUCACACUUCUUUUAUGUUUUAUACACAAUUAAAUACAAUAUGCAUAUAAUUGUUAACGAUAUGUAUAUUGUGUUAUAAACUCUACUCGUGGCUAAAACUCUUUAUCUUACUUUUAAGAUAUAGUUUGUAGCUUAUCACUACCGCGCGCACGCGAUAGUAAGUUUUUUCUUCUUUAUACGGAUUAUAUAUGAAAUUUAAAUGACAAAUAUUCAUAAUUAGUUGAAAUCAGAGAAAUAUGAUCCUUGGAAAAUUAUUACAUUCCUAAUUUUUACAUAUUCUUUGAUAUUGACUUGAAUUUACAUACUACGCUUAUACGCAUUCGAUAAGCUCCAUUCUAUGUUACUUUAAAUAUAAUUAAAUGUGUCUUACUUUAUAGUUGAUAUCCUAGAUUUUCUAAGAUUUUAUAAAUUGAGUUAAAUUAAUACACAAACGGUUCGAUUGAAAGUUACUCCAAAGAGAUUUUAUAUAACAAUGUUUUAUUAUAUGAUUACACAAUGUAAGUUAGUAACAACGCAAAAUACGAAUCGUAACUUGUAAUAAAAACCACAUUGGUAAAAACAUAUCAAUUCUUUUUAUAUGGAAAUACAGAAUGCUGCUAUUAUUA